AUGGCAGCCGUGUUGGACAAGGUCGUGUCUUCCUACCAGUCCGUGAUUGCAGCCACGGACCCCCGUGUCAAGACGUGGCCGCUCAUGGGCAGCCCGAUGACCAUGCUGUCCAUCAUCGCCGGCUACGUCUACUUCGUCAAGGUGUGGGGCCCCAACUGGAUGAAGGGCCGGGAGCCGUUCCAGCUCAAGAGGGUCCUGGUCGCCUACAACCUCAUCAUGGUGGUGCUCAGCACGUUCUUCUUUCUGGCCGGCGGGCAGCACACGUACCUCGGCGAAUACAAUUGGUUCUGCCAGCCGGUGAACUACGGCACGGAUGAUAACAGCAUGGCCGUCACCAGGCUAGGCUGGUGGUACCUUCUCCUCAAGAUGGUUGAGUUCCUGGACACCGUGUUCUUCGUGCUCACCAAGAAGUUCUCGCACAUCUCGUUGCUGCACGUCGUGCACCACUCUACCGUCGCCUGGACCGUGUGGAUGGGAGUGAACUUCGGCGCCGGCGGCCAGAAUGCUUUCUUCCCCUUCAUCAACUGCUUCGUUCACAUGGUGAUGUACACGUAUUACUGUCUUGCCGCCAUGGGCCCCGAAGUCCGCAAGUACCUGUGGUGGAAGCGUUACCUCACCCAGUUCCAGAUGGUGCAGUUUGUCGUGGGCUUCCUCCACGCCGCCGUGCCCGUCUUCUACGACUGCGGAUUUCCACCGUACUUCGCCUACAUCCUGAUGGGCGAGGCUGUCCUGCUCUUCUUUAUGUUCAAGAACUUCUACGACCGGGCGUACAAGGCGGCCGCAGCCGCUAAGGCUGCCGCCGGCAAGUCGGCGUCGUCUCAGAACGGACUGAGCAGGAUUCCGGACUUUGGGUGCAGUGUCCAGGCGACGUACCACCUGAGGAACGGACACCGCCAGCAGGAGGCGCCGGCCGCCCCCGGUCCCAAGUCUGACUGAAGCGCCCUCCAAGUCGCUCGUCUUCUCAUGGACUAUGGCGGACCACGACUGGAUCAGCUUCGCACCUCGCUAAACUUGGGAUGCACCUCCCGGUGUGGUUAAGCUGCUGCUGCUGCUGCAGAGCUCGAGCCACUGAGACUUGAGGCAAGCCGGAAGAGGAACUGCUGUGAAAAUUGCCUAGUCAGCGUACAGACAGCGUGAGGCCGCGUCUUCUUUUAGGAACCGUUUUAUCUGUUUACCGGCCGAUUGGCCAUCCUUUUCUUUUCUUGCGUAACUUUUAGCCGAAAGGUUGACCUUUCCAGUCAGUGCACCUCUUAUGUAUUCUACCUAGUUCAGCGACAAGCCAUUCUUUCGUUUGUUUUUCUGUGUGAAAACCGCUGGGAGGUGACCUUUUUUUUUUUUUUUUUUUUAGAUAUGGUACGAAGUGUACCCUCGUGCUCUAUUUAUAUUUCUUUCGAAGCGAUAGUGGACUGACUACCGUAUAACGGGAGUGAAACUUUUUUUGGCGCACGCAAUUGCUUCUCCAGUGUCUCCACCUACUGCUUUCCUGCACGAGAGACACCGACACGAAAAACGUGGCGAGAGGCAGUGCCAACUAUUUGUUUUUUUUACGGCUCUUUCCGCCGUGACAUUGACGCGCCUUCGACCAGCCUUCGAAGCGCUGUCAAUGGGUUACUUCGCACGUUUUUUUUUUUGUUUUUUUCUUCUUUUCUUACUCUUGCGAUCACCCUAUUCCCGGAAGUUUAUUUUCUUGCAUGUGUGUGUGUGUGUAUCCGACAUCCUCUUUCUUGAGGCGCACACCUGAACUUGCUCCGUCGAGUUUGCUUACCGCCACUCCUCUUGUAAAUAGUGUCAUCUUCGUCCCAUUUCCUCGUUUUUUUUUCUUCUCGCGUCAUGUACAGUGUUCCGUGAACACUGUUUGUUUUGGAAUAAACUACGCCACCAUCUGU